UGCCUUUUCGCUCGCUUCUUUCUUCGCUAUUCCACCAGCUAUCUAUUCAGUCUUGGGAAUUUUUUUUUUUUUAAAGAAAAGUCUAGCUUGUGCUAGCUCCGAAUCCCUACGAAUCUUGGAAUUUUGGAAUUUUGGGGGUAAUUGGCAGGGGAGAAGGGCACCGGAGGAAGAGAGGAUGCUGGACCCGAUUCCGAGCUGCUUCCGCUGCGGUGCUGUCGGGGUGCCGCCGGCGUCGACGGCGACGGGUCCGAGCCUGACGACCUCGAUCUACGAGACGCACUUCGGCCUUGCCGGCCUCUCCUGGUCCCGUACCGUCCUGGGCAUCUCCCUCCGCGCGGACCUCCGCUGCGCCGGUGGCGGAGCCGCGGCUGCGACGGAGGAGGAGAACGAUGAGAACGAUGAGGACGAGGAGACUCUCCGGUUCCGGAUCCGGCCCUGGCUGUUCUGGAAGCGGAAGGGAUCGAAGCGGUUUCACCUCAAGGACCACCUGCGGCACCGGACGGUGGAGUUCUCGUGGAACCUGACGCGGGCGCGUUUUCCCGCAGGCGGCGGCCCCGAGCCGUCUGCCGGGUACUUCGUCGCCGUGGCGGUGGAUGGAGAGAUGCUCCUUGUCGCCGGCGAUCUCGUUGACGAGGCCUGGAGAAGGACCAAAGCCGCAAGAGGAAAGAGCCCAUGGAACUCGAUCCUGAUCUCGAGAAGGGAGCAUGUAGCCUUGGAGGACUCCGGCGGCGGCAGAUCGUACAAGACGAGGGCGCUAUUCGGGGGGAAAGAGAGAGAGAUCUCGAUCGAUCUGGGAAAGAAGGAAAAGGAGAGGGAUGUGGGGAUGUGGUUGGGUGUCGACGGCAGGAAUGUUCUCCAGGUGCGGCGGCUCAAGUGGAAGUUCCGUGGGAGCGAGCGGGUGGAGGUGGAGAGCGGCGCACGGAUCCAGGUCUCGUGGGACCUCUACAACUGGUUCUUCCAGCCCAAGGACAAACCCCACGCUACCGCCUCCACUGCCGCGGCAGCGGCUGCGGCGGCGGCGGCGGCGGCGGAGCUCGGGCACGCGGUGUUCGUGUUCCGGUUCGAGUGGGAGGCCGGGGAGGAGAGGCAUUUUGUGAAGGGCUUCGGCGGGCGAGCGAGGGGGGUGUGCUAUAAGGGGAUUGGGGGAUUUUUGGGGAAGAAUCGGAAUCGGAGCCAGAGCAGCGGCGGCGACUGCGGCGGCGGUGGCGGGGGGGAAGUGAGGAGGAAGAUGGGGAGGAGCCAGAGUUUGUUGAAGACGAGUUCGUCCUCGCCGUCGUCAUCGGCGUCGUCGGCGAGCAGCUCGACGGUGAUGGAGUGGGCGAGCCCCGAGGAGACAGAGCUGCAGAGCGCCGACGGGUUCCUGCUCUUGGUCCACGCCUGGAAGAGCUAGCAGGGGCAUUUUGGGAAUGACGAGAUGGUGGAGUUUUCUGGUUUUUUUCCUGGCCUUUAAAUCUCUUUAAUAUUGUGGGCUUUUGGGGGCCUACUCUUUUUGGUUUUAAUGUAAUUUGUGGUUUCUUUUCUUAAAAGACAAAAAAAAAAAGAAACUUACUAAUUUAUUUAUGGAUAUAUCCAUAUAGCUGAAUAAAGGAACAAAACAGAAAUAGCGCGGUGGAAAUUGGUAAGUUUAAUGAGAAUACCGACUGUUUUGAAUUGAA